AUGAAAAGUGAUUAUCAUGUUGAGGUACAAGCAUUUAAAUUACUAAGGAUGUCAGUCACUUUUAAGGUUUCGGAAGACAGAUUUUAUAAACCCUGCGUUUCGUAUAAUUAUUAUUAUUUACAACGAAAAGCAUAUACAUUUUUAUUGAUUUUUGAAGAUGAUGAAGAAUCUUUAAGACGGAUGCUAGUGAAUACAAAGGGGGAAAUUACGACGCCAUCCGAUAAAAUAUUUCCUGCCGAAAUUAUAAGUAAAAAAGUAGAAUUGAAGGAAAAUUUGAAAUUGCAAAAUGGAAUUAAAACGUCGAACAAAAGAAAAAUCGAUGAAAAAAUUCAAAAUCAGAAACCUAUUCUGCACAAAUUUUUUCAAGUUGAUAAUCAAAGACAAUUUAUUAACCUGUCUGAAUUUAAACCAACUGUGAUGACUUCAUGUAACCCUAGACAAGCUUCCCAACUUCAGACUUCUUUCAACCUAAUACAAAAUUCUCAAGUUCUGAGCUCUUUUAAUCCGGUUCAUAACUCUCAAGUUUUGAGUUCUUUAAAUCCAAUCCACACUUCUCAAGUUCUGAGUUCUCUAAAUCCAGUCCACUCUUCUCAAGCUCUAAGUUCUUUCAAUCCCGUCCACACUUCUCAAGAUCUUAGCUCUUCUAUCUCAGUAACAACAUCUUCACCUUACAUUUUUCCUCAGGAACCACCUUUUCAACUACCAUCUACUUCAGUGCAGGAAAGUAAUGAUUAUUUUUCUGUGCAAGGCAGUAGUUCUUCCCAGCUGAACAUCAAUAAAUCAGAUAUGUACGAGUUUCCAUCGACAGUUGAAAUCACACCAGCCCCUCUAGUAAUUAACAUGAAAAGUUUGACUGAAUCUACCAGCAAAGAAAAUGAAAUUAUAUCUAGAAAUGUCAAGGAGGGUCAAGUCAUAAUUAGAGACUGUUAUAAUAAAAGUGCAAGUGGUCCAACUCAUUCUGGUGUUUUAAAAGCGGAUGCAGCACCAAUUACAUUAGAAGUUGUUGAGUUCGUGGAGUCUCUUGCAGUCCAUCUAAGACAUCAAUACAAAAAAGAACAGGAUGAGGCCACUUCAGAAAAAACAGCUUUUCGAGUAAAGUAUCGUACACUGAUAAAAAAAUUUACUUGA